AGGCGGGAGGGGGCAGACAUCCCACAGCAACUGAGGAUUUUUUUUCUUCUUUUCUUUUUUUUUUUUUGAUAAGAUUGAAAGAUAGGUCACAGAACGAGUAAAGAUGAUGGUUUAGUUUAACAAGCAAAGUUUAUUGUUUUCCAGUAUCUGAUUUGUAGUGAGCAUAUUCCGAGUAACAGCGCGGAACAGCCGGGGCUCGCUGACACUUCUGGGAAAAGAUUUUAGACCUGAGGCUUGGGUUUGAGCCAUCAUCAUUGCCUCGGCCCUCUUGAAAAUGGAAGAGCUCCAUACUCACUGUGCUGUGUGUGUGAGUCGGCGAUGCAUGGUCAAGCCUGAGCCCGGCACUUCCUGUGAGCUCCUUGUAUGCCCAUUGGUUUGUGGCGCUGUUUUUCACAGCUGUAAGGUGGAUGAGCAUCGAUUGCUGUGCCCACUUGAGAGGGUACCAUGCCUCAACUUCAGCAUCGGCUGCCCUUUUAUGCUGGCCCGAGGAAAGAUGGCAGAGCAUCUCGAGGUAUGUCCGGCUGGUGUGGUAUGUUGUACCAUGGAGUGGAACCGGUGGCCGGUGAAUGAUGAGGACUACCGCUCCUAUGAGAGGCUGAGUUGGGACGCAGAUGAGGAAGAACAGCUAGACAUGGCUCUUGCCUUGCAGGACCAGCGCACCAUGCUGGCCUCACUCAAACUUGUAUCUCUUGCACCCACAAAUUGCCCUGAGAGAAAACCGCAGCUUGCAGAGGUGCAUGAAAAGUCUAGUGUAGUUGCAGGUGUUACAGUUCCCACCAUCCCACUUGAGGAAGACAUGGAUGGGGCAUCUGUGUCAUGUUGCUCAAAAGACAUAAUCAGAAAUGGAAUUAAUGGAUUAAAUGAGGAGCAUUAUGGUGAGCUGUACCAAACAACGGUGGAAACGACCAAGAGCUUGUCCGCUGCAUUGAAUGUUCUGAUACACCUCAACGCCUCAAACACACAGUGUCCAACUACGAGUGUUUCAGCAGCACCAUCAGAAUUAAAUGGAGAGUUACAUGAAGUGUUGCUUGUGAAAGAAGACACUGGGUCCAACUGUGAUAAAAUAACCAGUGGGGUUAGUGGUUUAAGUGAAGAGUUGCAGCCUCAACAACACCAAACCUUGAUGGAAAUGGGGAGAAACUUGGCCUCUGCUCUUGGUGCGCUUGGAGAUGCUGUUAAAGGUUCUGAGCCAAGCUGUAUAGUCAGCAAGACCAAUGGUGGAAUCCAUCAGCUAGAUACUGUUGAAUGUGCAGAUGUUGAAAUGAAGGAUAGUACCUCUGAAAAUGAGGUUGAGUUUGGAGCAGUUGGUGGACUUGAUGGGGAUUCAGACAAACUUCCUGCCCACAUUAGCCAAGAAGAACUUUGUCAAGACUCUUCAAUCAGACUAAGAGAUGAGGAUGAGCAAAGUUUGUAUAACAAUUGCCACAAUGCUGUCACAUCUAGAAAAUCACAGGACCAUACUAUGGAACCAGCUGAGACAGAGGAACGUUCAGAGCAUAGUGGUUCUUGGGAGUUUGUUGGUCCGUUAAUUCCACAUCGACCAGAGUUGAGACUUGAUCUAGCCACUGUUGUAAUGCAGGAGGCAUCUGGAUCCCAGGCUCCAGUGUUACAGCCGCCUGUGCAUGCUCAGGCUCUGGUUGUUCCCAGGGACGGUGUGCUGCCUUCCAUAGAGUUAGACUUUGAGGAUAAGGCUUUUGAGAGAAAACUCCAAAACCUUCAGUUACUCCGCAAUUUUAUGCCUCUUGCACUUAAUGGACGGAAGGGUUGCUUUACUGAGAGCUUCCCCCACAGACAGCCUCGUUGUAAGAUGGAGGACAAAGCUGUGGACACAUCCGAUCUGGAGCAGGAGCCUCAGAAUGACCCCUUGGGCCUUGGUGAGAUCGACUUCACAGCUGCGGCGCUGCUCUUUUGCCUCGAGGAGUCACCACGAGCCCGCAGAAUCUCUGACACUGUAUAUGCUUUUGGUGGCUCACGUGUUGAUUUUGGCACUCAGACCUUCAGUUUCCCUGCUGCCAUCUUGGCAACCAGCACCAUGGUUGGCGAGGUGGCCUCUGCUUCGGCUUGUGACCGAGCUGCGCCCCGUCUGUCACAGCCAAGUCCUUUUUGUACUUUACGAUUAGAUUUGACUCUGGAGCAGCUUGUGCCGCGACCUAGCUGGGCCCCACGUGAAGGCUCCAUGUUUACAUUUGAAUGUGGUCAGCUGUUCCGCCGAGAAGAGUUCCUCUCACACUUCCGCAACGUCCACGGAGACAUCCACUCAGGGCUGAACGGUUGGAUGGAGCACCGCUGCCCACUCGCUUAUUACGGCUGCACAUAUUCCCAACGCAGGUUUUGCCCAUCCAGGCAGGGUUCAAAGGUCGUCCAUGACCGACACCUCAGGUCAUUUGGGGUCCAGCCAUUGAUGGACGUAAUAACAGAGCCUGGGUGUGAUCGGCUGAGUGCAUUGCCCUUUGAGAUCCUGCAGCAUGUGGCACGGUUCCUGGAUGGCUUCAGUCUGUGUCAGCUGUCCAUGGUUUCACGUACCAUGAGGGAUGUGUGCGCUAGUCUGCUGCAGACACGGGGCAUGGUGGUGGUACAGUGGGAAAAGAGGCAGUAUCCUGACGGGAGACGAUCCUGGCAGAUAAAAGACAAGGUGUGGCGAUUCAGUACAGCCUUCAGUCCCGUGACCAGGUGGGAGUUUGCGGACAUUUCCAGCAUGGCGGACCACCUCAAGCAUUGUUCGUAUAAUGAGGUCCAUAGACAGGUGGAGGCCGUGCCACUGCCAUGCAUGUGCACAACCAGGGAGCUUACUCGAGGCGGGCGAUCACUCCGUUCCGUCCUCAAGCCAGUAUUAUAACAAAAACACGAGCGAAAGAACUAGAACACUACCUUACCUAACUUCUUUAAUCAAUAAUAUCCAUCGCUGUGUACAUAAGACAAAUUAUUAUUUUUUUUUUGAGUUAAGAUUAUUUUUAUAUCUGGUAUAUAAAUUUAACAACUGCUUGGUUUAUGAUCAGUUUUAAUGACACGUGUACUGAGAGAGAUUUUCAGUGUUUGCCUUGUUUCUCACAGAAAUGUGUGGUCACGUCUAGAGCUGUCCUGUCCAUGAGGUAACACUAAAAUGACACAAAUAACUCAUUUGAUUGGAAUCAAAUGAAGAGCCUUAAGCUGUGUAUUCGAUUCAUGGAAUUGGACACGGUGGAGUCACUUAUAGAUUUCCUCAUGCUCACUUCCAUCAAGUGCUGUGUUGCAUUAUGUCCAUAUGCUCUGGUUGGUAUGAUUGGACAAGAGCCUUACAGGAGGAGAUGUCUUUCCAAAACAAGCACCAAUGGAGCUAAUGGUGAAAGAAAGAUAGUUUUGAUUAUGUUUAAGUGGUGAUACCUUGCCACUACCAGCUGUCAUUCAUUGUUAGUAAUCUACUGCACAGAUUCCCAACCCUGCUCCUGGAGUCCCCUCUGUCCUACUCAGGAAGUAACCCGUCCUAUUCAACCCCCAACUGAGGAAGGGUUCUUAUCAUUUAAUUAAAUUGAAUCAGAUGUGUUCGAGCAGGGAAAACAUGAAAAUGUGCAAAGCAGAGGGUACUCCAGGACUCACAGAACCUGAUCUUUUGCUGAUUUUGAAUACAUUUUCAUUUUCAGUCUUUGAUUACCAACAGCUGAUCCUAAACUAGCACCCAUACUCUGAUUCUGCAUAAUAAAGUUUUGGUGAGUAAAGGCGUUGACUUAGGAUUACACAUGUUUGCUAUUUCCAUCAGAAUGCACUUUUUUUUUUCUCCACAGUUUGAACUAUCGAAGCAUGUUGUCUAUGUAUCAUGUUUUUCCUCUGCACUUUACUGAACUCUGUCACCCCUAUUGGAACCUGUUCAACCCAGAGACUGGCAUCAUCCCAUCAUGUUUAUUUUAGGAGAAAAUGAGGGUUCCACUUUUAAAAGACACUCCACAAGCACUUAAUACAUUUCUAAAAACAAUGUAGCACCUUUCAAAAUAUUGUAAACACUCAUAACAUAAAGGUUUACAUGCAAAAUGUGUUAUAUCUCCAUAUUCAAGUUCACAACUGCAUGUUGAAUGAAAACGUUUGUGGAUUGUUAUAUUCAUUUCCAAAAGCUUUACAGUACGUGAAGUUAAUCUGUUGGGUAAGAAUAAUUUGGUUACAGUUCAGGUAUUUUCAGUCCUAAUCCAUCCAUGCACACUUGUUUCUCUGUCUUUCAGCUCCAUUUUAAGCACAUCCAGAGCUGAAUUUGAUUGAUUGGGAUUGAGACGCACUGAAUUAGCUCAUAACCCAAAGCUAAGUUUUUGUGUAUGUGUAAUUCCAAUGAAGGCCUUUUUUUUUGGGGGGGGGGGGGGGAUGACAACGCUGCUGCUGAAGAAGAAGGAGGAAAAGGUGUUUGCCUGACCAAGUGUGCUGGCACCAAUGAUUUGCAGAUUAAGCCGGGACAUUAUAUAGUCCAGACCUGCAUGUGGUUUUGGUUGUGUUAAAUAAAAAGUUAUUUUAUCAUUUUUGACCCUGCUGGUGAUUGAUGGCUCAACAGGAGCAUGCUGACUGUAAUGAAACUAUAUAAGUGAGGGAAUACGUUCAAAUCAUUUAACAUUAAAAGAAUCAGUGACCGCAAA